GGCACACUGUCUCUAAAAAAUUACUUGAGUGUGAAGCAAAAACAUAACUAAUUUUAAGAUACUAACUUUUAUUUACUAAGUUAGCAUCAAACGUGGCGAUCCAUCUGGCAUUACAUGGAUAUCAUUAUGGUUGCCAAAAUGAUAGUAUUAAAUAAGACACUUUUGUAGAUUUUUUUAUCCGUUUGUGUUAAAAUUGUAUUCCUCUUCAAGGCAUUAAUAUAACACGAUGGAAUUUAGCGAGCUUAAAUCGCUCAAUAACAGUUCUGAAAUAGAAGCUGUAAUAAUUCUCGAGAAGUUUAUAACUGCCUACUCCCAAGUAUUUACAUUUCCUGACUUGGAUAUACAGUUAAAGAAAGAAUGUGUUGAAGCAAUUCUAAAAUGGCUGAAGAAGCCACAGAUUGCUCCGAAAACAUCCAUCGCUUGCCUGCAAGCCUUUCGUAUCAUAAGUCGAGAUAAGACCAACAUGCAGGCACUGACUAAUGAAAAUGCGCUGAGCACUUUAAUCAUGGUUGCAGGAAUCCAGCACUAUGCUCAACAGGAUGUAGAUGAUGCAGCUGUUAGCAUAAGUAGCGAUGAUCAGUCAGUGAUAGUUGAAGCACAGAAAUGUCUUUGUAAUGUCAUCUUCAAUAGUAUUGAGGCUCAGAGAUAUUGCUGUAAAUCUGGAUGUGUUGAUGGAGUUGUACAAAGGCUAAAGACCUAUGGUGACCCAGAUGUUCAGUUUGAUGUUAAGUUUUUUGAUAUGAGGAUUUUAUUUCUACUGACUGCAUUACCAGCUUGUGUGGAAACCAGACCCAAAGUCCGCUAUGAAUUGCAUGGUUUCACCUACCUGAUGGAAGUUCUUGACCUAACCUUGCGUGAUGCAGAAAACCAAGACAAGGGCUUGACAGACCAACAGGUGGAGCUGUGUGCAGAAAUUCUCAAAAUUUUAUUUAAUCUCACAAUAUCAAUGGAGAAAAAAUCUGUGGAUGAGGAAGAGGAAGCUCAUUUUAUGCGCCUUGUUAGCAUACUACAUGACCUUUUGAUGAGCACAAUCAUGUCUAAAGACAAGCAAGAAGAUCUACAGAGUCACAUUGUCAACCUCUUGAUUAACAUACCUGCGGACUUCUAUGAAGAGCUUCUAACUCCAAUGGUGGAUGAUGAUAAAGGCAUGGACAAUAAAGACACAGAAUAUGACGGGAAAAAUAUGGAGGCUAUACAUGUCAUUCUGGAAUUCUUGGAUCAUAGAUUACGCUCUACAACAAAAAACGUGAAAGAAAGUUUGGCUCCUAUUUUACACUGUUUGUGCGAAGCAUGUCGUCACAACCGGGCAAUCAGAAAGUUCUGUAGGCUGAAGGUACUUCCACCUUUGAGAAGUGAAGUAAAACGCUUACCUGAAGAAGGAGACUCUCUUAGAAACAAGCUGUGUAAACUACUUACUUCCCCUGUAACAGAAGUCAAAGAUCUUGUAGCUCAUUUCCUCUUCAUCUUAUGUAAAGAAAAUGUGAACCGUAUGGUCAAGUACACUGGCUAUGGGAACUGUGCUGGACUUCUGGCUCAGUUUGGCCUGCUCAAACUUGGGGAUAGUGGCCAGCGCAAGGGUGACUAUUCCAGCAAUUCUGAGGAUUCUGAAACGGAAGAAUAUGCAGAAUUGAAGGAUGGAGUAAACCCUGUGACUGGUAGAUGGGAAGAACACAAAGCCGACCCCAUGGCUGGUAUGAGUGAUGAACAAAAAGAAUAUGAGGCCAAUCAACUCAUCAACACCAUUGACAAACUACAAAGGCAGGGGGUGAUUGAGCCGUGCCGUGUUGGAGAAGACGGCAAGCCCGUGCCACUGGAACAUGUGCUGGAGCUGUUGGAGGGCCAGAGUGGGGCUGAAGGGGGAUCUGAUGCUCCUGAGGAGGAUUGAAGCCUGUAUUUGCUUGACUGAUAGUUGAUGCUGCUUCUUUGUUAACUAACCAUUUUAGCUGGAUAGGUUAGGUAGCUCCCUUCAUACAGCACAGGUGCAGCAUGAUUGUAUAACUAUUGUUCUGUGGAUGUAUCCUUGCUUGAAUCUACUUGCUUUUCCUCCAGCACAGAGGACACUCCAUGCCAGUCUUUGUAUCCAAAGUGUUCACUUGCCACAUUGGACAGUGGAUUUCUUUCAUUUCAACCAAGCCAUCUCUAAAGUUGACUAGAAUGUGCUACAAGUAACAGGCAGUCAUCCCUGCCUCACUUUGAUAUUUUUCUGUGAUCAUUUUCUGCUGCACUAUUUAUUUGCUUCAAUUAUCUGACCAACUGCCCAUGUAAUCAUGUCCAGUUGUCUGACCAUUGUACAACUGCCCAUGUAGUGUCAUCCAUUUAUGAUGUCUACAAAAGGAUGAUAGUAACACCACCUGCAGCCUGAUGUUGACAUCUAAUUAGAAUGUUUAACAUUUGAAAAUAUUUGACAAGGAAAUAGUUUUCAUUCUGCAGUCCUAUGCAGCUUUGUUAUAUCAUUCAUCGAUGUACACAAACAUCACCUUUGAAAUAAGUCAUUCUGGAUUUUAAAUACAUUUCAUUUUUUUAUAACCAUCAUUCGGACAUUUUGUUUGAAAUAGCAUUGUCCCUCCUCCUGCGUACACAUCAUAAUUGGAUGAUCCUUGUCACAGUCUCUUGAUAAAUCUGCCCACAUAAAACAUUUUACCCUGUUGUUGAAUCCUGUGAGUUUUAACUUUAGCUAACAAAUUGUGUUUAGAAGCUAGUUUCAUCUUUCUGCUAGGUUUAAUGUAGACCCUUUUGGUAACAAGUUUUCCAUGAACAACCAGUCAUACCAGCCACACUUGGCUGUCCCAUCACUUAAGACAACCAGUCAUACCAACCACACCUGGCUGUCCCAUCACUUAAGACAACCAGUCAUACCAGCCACACCUGGCUGUCCCAUCACUUAAGACAACCAGUCAUACCAACCACACCUGGCUGUCCCAUCACUUAAGACAACCAGUCAUACCAAACUUAAUGACUUUGACAUGUACAUCAGUUUAAAGAAUGAAGCCGAUGAACUGCUAGUAGUGCUAGUGUAAAGGCUAGAGGAAGCUUUCAAAUCAAAAGGCUGGCCAUCCCAUCUCUUCUGUGUUGGCCUACAUGUCUAGUCUGUUGGCCAACAUUUCUAGUAAAGAUAUUUCAGCUUGAGUUAGCAUCUCUCCUAUGAUCUUUUUUUAACAUAUACAUGCAUUUUUUUAAUGUGUUUUUUUUUUUGUCAAUGUGCAAUAAAUAUCAAUGACUAAAGACUUGAAUGAGGGAACAGCUGAACUAAUGCAUUGACUGUCUGCAGUUAGUAUCUGCAAUAGAAGACUUGGAGACAUGACGGACAGUGAAUUAGUGCAUUUAUUUGUGUGCAAUAGGGUUGAGCAGCUUCAGCAGAAACUGUACAUAAUUUUUUAUAGCCAUUCAAUCCAUAUAUUCAGGUGUGCAAGUCAUUUUUUUGUUGUUUUAUAAAAGAUACAAUGGACAGCCUGAGAAUGAGAGAAACCUUAUAUUUGUCAUCUUCUAUUGUCAGCUUGGCUAGGAGUCUCCCAAACAGAGAGGCUCUAUAUGUCUCUUUAAAAUGAGAGUGCCCUCCUCAUUUAGAAAAAGAGUGCCUCUAGCUUUGCUAGGCAGUGACAACCCAUAGGUACUGGUGUGUAAUUGAACCAAAUUCUCUCACCUCAUCUUUUUUUUUUAAAUUUUAACUUUGCAUCUAAUUAUAGAUUUCACAGAUAUUCUUACAAAUUUUUAUGUAAAAAAUGUUACAUUUUGACAGUAAUUUUAUCAAAUACACAAUGUUCAACAAUAUUUAGUAGGUACCACUUACCCCUUAUAGAACAUCAGCUGCGUUGUUACAAUUUUCUUCAUAAAGCUGUUAACACUUUACAGUCCAGGUAUACACAUAUUCUUACUUAUGUGCAGGCAGGCAAAAAGAAUACUCACUUUCAAUUAUAACACAUCAAAUUUAAACAAAAAAUAUUUUAUAAUGUCCUUAUACAUGAAGAACUUGUAGGCUAUAACAAAAAGCAUUAAAUGGGGAAAAUGGUCUAAAUUAAUAAUUGUAAAGUAAAUCCCAGAAAAAAAUAAAACUACACCUUUCACCAUUAUAUGUGUGAAGAUAUAAUUAAAAUGAAACAAAACAAACUUCAAUGUAGUCAAAGGUACUCAUUUUCUUUUUCAAUCUCACUACUUGUGAGUAUAAGAACACAAUAAAUAAAAGAUUAUUUUAUCAGCAUGUUAAUAAGUGUACUAUAAAUAGUUGUGGCUCAUAGGAAUGUACCUAAAAAAUAUCACAGGUGCAUAGGACUGUAAAGGGUUAAUCUGUUUCAAAAUUAUGAUCACUUCUGUUAAGCUGAUUUAAAUAUGUAUAUUUCUUUUGAAUUAGAUUUUUAGAAUGUUGUAAUUUUAUUCUCUAUUUGCAGUGCUUAUUUUUUUCCUUAUGAAAACAGGAAAAAUGACAAGCUUACUAUUUUCUAAAAUCAUAAAUGUUUAUGAGAAUACUAUACUUUUUAAGUUAAAUCUUCAGCAAAAUUUGAUUGUUACUUUUGGUUGUUUUUUUUUUUAUUUUAGUUUGAUGGUAUUUUUCCUAAAUUUUUCUAAUUUAGAUUGUCAGAAAAUGUGUCAUUCAUUAAAAUUGAUAAAGAAAAAUAAUUUUAGAGGAGUUACCUAAAGCAAAGUUUUAGAAUGAAAGUUGAGUUAAUCUUUGAUAGAAAAAAAAAAGCACAUCAUUUAUGAAAUUUAAAGGAUAAACUGGUAUCUGAAGGGGUUAAAGUUUGCUUUAACAAUGGUUAGAAAUUUGACAGAAAAGAUUAAGUUGUCAAAAGAACAUUUCAUACUGAUUAUUUGUUUCAACAUUCCAUGUAUUACACAUGAAAGAGCUUCUGAACAGUCCUUAUUAGAUGACAGUACUCCACACACCAUUCAAUGAUUGUCAUGUUUCAGUAUUUUCUUUAAUUUAGUGAUUUCUACAUGUAUAAAAGUAUAAAGCUUUGUCACAUGUAUUUUAUGAGUAGUUUAGUUCUGACCUUUAUUUCAUGUUUAUGUCCCAUGUUUGGUUGUUGUUAUUUUUUACAAUUGAAGAACUGUCUUGAAAGCUCCAAAACAAUUUAGUGAAAUGGCAUGUACAUUUCUGCUACCUUUAUAAGGUGUUAGUACUGUCAAAGCUGCCCCACUAUAUUACAAGUUCCAACCAGUUUAAUGUUUGUAGACAAGAUUUUUUUUCAAUUAGAAAAAAUAUUUUUAGGAAUCUCCACAUUUGUUUGCUUCAGUCUGAGUUGGCUGAGUUUUGUUGUAUGUAACCAAUGAAUCAAACUGUCAAGCUUUGUAUUUGGUCCCAGCAAACAGGAUGUUUCUGGUGGUGCCACACUUUGUGGUCCCAGCAAACAGGAUGUUUCUGGUGGUACCACACUUUGUGGUCCCAGCAAACAGGAUGUUUCUGGUGGUACCACACUUUGUGGUCCCAGCAAACAGGAUGUUUCUGGUGGUACCACACUUUGUGGUCCCAGCAAACAGGAUGUUUCUGGUGGUACCACACUUUGUGGUCCCAGCAAACAGGAUGUUUCUGGUGGUACCACACUUUGUGGUCCCAGCAAACAGGAUGUUUCUGGUGCUCACUUACUUUUGUAUCGCUUUGUAGCCAUAUUUUUGUUUGUGUAAACGAUACUGAUAUUGUUCACAGUAAACCAAA